AUGCGCUUCUCAAUAUUCAUCACUCUGGCCGCAGCACCGCUGUUGGCUCUCGCAGCUCCUCAGCAAACACAAAACCAGGACACACCGCUCCCGCAAGUCACUGCCGCGCCUGAAAGUCACAUAGUCGCGUCUGCUCCUACACCAACAGCAGCUUCCAACACAGAAGAUGUAGUCCUAGAACUCCGUCAAGCCAUAGACCUUCUAGCCACACAAGCAGCAACAGUACCAGCCACCCAAGACUACUGGAUCGCCGACCACUGGGACUCCGCCCUCAGCACAGAGAUGUGGACCCAAGUCUUUUACACACAAACUUUCGUCACCCAUCCCGGCCAAUGGACGACCGCGGGCGCUGGUGAAGUCGGUCUCGGCACGCAUACUGGAGCCAUCGGUGUCGUGAAGGCCGCUACUGGUGCUGGUGCCUCAGUCAUGCCCCAAGGCUCAUUGUUCACCGCAAUCUUCGGUCUUGUGGGAGUCGCUGCCGGUAUGGGUGUUGUCUUGCUGUAA